AAGAAGGCAGGAGCUGCGUCUGGACGCUUUAUCCUUUUGCCUCGCGAGAACAGAAAAAAAAUUAGGGAAAAUAGAAAGGGGAAUUGAGACGGGAAGAAGAAGAAGAAGAGGAGAAGGGCAAUCCGACGAAAGGAAAGCUAGGGUUUUCGCCAUGGCUACCACCUGACCUGACCAACCUCGAGCUCCCCUCCUUCUCCAUUCCCAUCCCACCCAAUCUCUUGUAAUCCCGGGCCGGAGGGCAGCAUCUCGCAUCCGCCUUUAUUUGGCUUUCCCCCCUCUCCUUCCCCUCCAUUUUAGGGUUUUCUUUCUUUCCGCCGCAUCGCAUCGUAAUCUUCCCGACCGGGCAAGCAAACUGCUUUUUUGGUCUCUCGCUUUUCUAGGGUUUGAGGGUGGAGGCGCUGGCGAUCGACCGGGCGAUUGCGGAGGCGGAGGCGGAGGCGGCCGGAUAAUGUGUAUACUGUGCGCCGUGCAACGGUGGUCGCGGCGCGUCGCCACCAUGCUGCCGUGGCUCGUGCUCCCGCUCAUCCUCCUCUGGGCGCUCUCGCAGCUCCUCCCCGCCGCCUACCGCUUCGAGGUCACCUCCCCGCGCCUCGCCUGCGUCUCCGUCCUCCUCCUCACCCUCUUCUGGUACGAGAUCCUCCUCCCCCGCCUCUCCCUCUGGCGCGCCCGCCGCUCCGCCCGCCUCCGCGAGGAGCGCCGCGCCCACGCCCUCGAGCUCCAGAAGCUCCGCAAGACCGCCACUCGCCGUUGCCGCAACUGCAACAACCCCUACCGCGACCAGAACCCCGGCGGCGGAAAGUUCAUGUGCUCCUACUGCGGCCAUGUAUCCAAAAGGCCCGUGCUUGACCUCGGCCCUGCCGGGAGGCUCCCCACGGGGUGGCCUUGCACCCAGGAUUGGCCAAAUGCUGCCGGUGACCCAGCAUACUGGCUUGACCUGCGCUGCUCCUCCGAUAACCUCUACUCGGGAUUCUCAUGGCGCUUGUUCUCUUCAUUUUGCCUCAGCAUGAGGUGGUUCUGGAGGAAAGUGCUCAGAUUUGGCUCCUCGGGGGAUGGCGAAGGCUUGGGCCGAGAUGGUAAAAGAUUAGCAAAAGAAGGGGACAAUGGAAUAAAGGCCGAGGAGAGCAGAGUGGAGAAGGCAAAAAGGAAGGCAGAGGAGAAAAGGUUGGCGAGGCUGGAGAAGGAAAUGCUAGAGGAGGAGGAGCGCAAACAGCGGGAGGAGAUGGCAAAGCUUGUGGAGGAACGGAGGAGGCUAAGGGAUGAGAAAGCAGAAGCUGAAGAGCGAUCCAAAGGCGCCACACCUGUUGGGGAGAAGGAUCCUCGGAAGGAAGUGGAACGUAGGCGACAGGAGAGGAAGAGGAAGGAUGAGAAGGAUAAGGGAUCGAGCAAGAGCAAUUCAGAUUGCGAGGAUAAUGAGAGAAGAGUGGGCAGGGAAGGGGAGAGAAAGCGGGACUCUGAUAGAAGAAACGAGCCAGAGAAGCGGGAUGCAACAAGAGUUGGAGCUGAGGGUUAUAAGCCCCAUAACUUUGAUGCUAACAACCAGGCUAGCAAGACAGUACAGAGCAAGGCAAAGUACUUUGGCCGUAUGACAGGCGGUCUGUUAUCUUCUUCAAGAGGUUUCGGUAGCGGUUCCUUUUUUGGCAGAAGUGUUCAGACAUCUGUUCCUCAAGCUAACAAGGUGAAUAAACCACUUGUUACUAUAACUGACCAGAGUAAUGUAGUCAAAAGAGAUGCCCAGCCUCCUGCAACAGCCGUAUCUGCUACUGCUGGAGGGACUACAAAUUCUUGGACUAAUGCUUAUCGACCUGUUAGUCCAAAUGUGCAGUCACAGCCUACUGGCCUUAAAAAGUCAUGGCACCAGCUGUUUAGUCGCUCAGCAUCAGUGUCACCUUGUCCUGAAGUUCCUGCUUCAGCCCCUGAAAACAACGGGCAACCAGAACCACAUGGAGCUCAAAUUAGCAAUGCUCAAAUCUUCCUAUCUCAGUAUCCACCUCUGGACAGUAAGCCUAGUUCAAGCCGAUCCAUGCAAUUUCCAGGUUUUCCACCAGUGAAUGGAGCACCUGCCAACAUGCCACUCUCUCAUUUUCCAGCUGGACAUAUGCCCUUCUAUAGCGAGGCAGAACCAACAGUGUUUGAAGAGUUAGAACAAUUUGAGGACCCGUGCUAUGAUCCAGAUGCAAUCGCGUUGCUUGGGCCAGUUUCAGAGUCCCUAGAUAACUUUCCUUUAGACUUGGAUAGCGGGUUUAUCUCUAGUGACAUCACCAAGGAAACACAUGUGAAACCUUCACCAAUUGAGUCUCCUCUCUCAAGAUCACGUACAGUCGAGGAAAAUCCUAUUGGACACUCAACUGCAAAAGGGCCUAAUGCUUCUAUUUUGCCUGAGGCUAGCAAUGAACAAGGCACAUGGCAAAUGUGGGGCACACCAUUGGUUCAAGACAGUUUAGGCCUACGAGGUCCUCAGACUGAGUGGCUCCUACCGAACACAAAUCAAUUUAACCAUGGCAUCAAUCAUCUGAAUGGCAGAACAACAAACCCACUGGGUUCUGGUUUGGAUGACAAUGGUCCGUGGCUGCAGAAAACACCUUUUCAGCAAUUGCCUCUUGAUACAAGGAGUUUAUUUCUUUCACAUGAUGUCCCAGAGAAGGCUAUACACAAUGAUUUGGGUUUUGGAUCGCCAAACAAAUCAGCCCGUUUGCACCCAUUUGGUCCACCUGGUCACUCUUGGUCCAAGGAGGCACUGGUGCUGAAUGGAACUCAGGAAGCUAGUAAGAUCUGCUCACCAACUGCGGCACCUGUUGGAAGUGGCUUUUUUUCAACAAAUCCUGAUGUACAGUCAGUUUGGUCGUUCAAUCAAAAAGAGACAACAUAGAACAUAUAGAACACAAUGUCGAGCCAAGGCUUCCUUGCCUCCUUUUGAGUUGAGGAAGUUGAGGUGAUAUGUUGGACUGUAUUCCUUUGACGCGAAUGAUAGUCCCCUUUCAUUUAGUAUCACUUACCUGUUAACAUGCGUUUGCAUUAGGCCUCUUACCUGAUGUUUUGGCGCAUUUGACCUUUUUUUUUGGAUUCAAUGCAAAAUGGGCUGGGAACUCAUGGUGCACUAUCACUUUGCUCUUAUUACUGUGGUGACUUGUGAAAUCAUCGGUUCAGUCAGUUGGGCAGC